AUGGCAGAAAAACACCCAGACCCCGACGCGCAAGACGAAGCCGCCGCCCACGCAGGGGAUCAACACCUCAAGAGGCGGUUCGGCCUCGUGUCCGUCAUCGCAUUCGGCUUCACCACCAUGAACUCGUGGGUGGCAUUCGCGUCGGGCGUCGCCGUGCCGCUCUCGUGCGGCGGCGGCCCGGGCCUCAUCUACGGGCUCAUCGCGGCGGCCGUCGUCAUGGUCGUCAUCAACACGGGCUUCGCGGAGCUGGCGUCGGCGUUCCCCUCAGCCGGCGGGCAGUACCACAUCGUGUACAAGACGUUCCCGCCGUCGUCGCGCCGGCCCGCCGCCUUCUUCACGGGCUGGGUCUCGGUCAUCUACAUCACGGCGGCGGCGGCGUCGUGCAACUUCUUCGUCGCCUCGUCCGUGCUCGACCUCGUCGCCCUCUGGGACGCCGGCUACACCCCGCAGCCCUGGCACACGUACCUCGUCCACGUGCUGCUCUGCGUCGUCGCCUUCCUGGCCGCGUCGCGCUUCCCCUCGGCCAGCAGGCCGCCGGCGGACGUCGUCUUCGGCGACUUGCGCAACGAGAGCGGCUGGCCGGACGGGUGGGCCGUGGUGGUCGGCAUCACGGGCUGCCUGUGGGCGUACAGCGGCGUCGACGCCGCGACGCACGUGUCGGAGGAGGUGGACAACCCGAGCCGCAACGUGCCCGUGGCCAUUGCCGUCACCAUGGCGCUGGGCGUCGUGACGUCGACCGUGCCCAUCCUCGAGGUGUACAACCAGGCGCUCGGGUCCAAGGCCGCCACGACCGUCUGGGCCGUCUACUACAUGGCCAUGUUCUACGACAUCGUCAUCAACCUCUUCGUCUUUGGCGGGCGCACCAUCUGGUCGCUGGCGCGGGACGGCGGCGUGCCGUACUCGCGCGCGCUGGUCCGCCUCGACGCCGGCGCGAGUCCCGUCAGCGCCACGGCCGUCGUUCUCGUCCUCCAGGUCGCCCUCGGCGUGCUGUACGUCGCCUCCACCGCCGCCUACAGCAGCUUCAUCAACCUGACGCUGUUUGCGCUCAACAUCACCGUGGCGCUGCCCCAGGCCGCGCUGCUGUUCCGCGGCCGCCACAUCCUCCCCGAGCGCGCCUUUUCCCUCGGCAGGGCUGGCUACGUCGUCAAUGCGGCGGCCACGGCGUUUGUGGCCUUUUUUUCUGUCGCCUUUUGCUUCCCGCCUAACAAGGCCAUCACGGACCCAGUUUCCUUUCUCGAAAGAGUUCCUGAGCUGUGGCUGCUUUAUCUUGAGCAGCUCCGGCGCUUCAGUGAGCCUCAGUGA